AAGUGGGAAGUUCAUAGCACUUCCGAAUUCCGAUUUUGCGAUAGCAGAUUUUUUUUCCUGUGCUUCUGAUUUAUGAACUUCCUCUGACGCCGGAGUCCCAAUUUCUCAGACUUGCUUAUCGUUCUACGAAAGAGUCCAGGAACGCUAAGGAAGCUUCAGAAGCUACAAAUCUUGCAUUUUCCUUACCAGGUCAAUGUUGUAUGCAGCAUCUGCCCCAAGCUCUUGUGUAACCUAUCCUGGCAAACUGCAUUAUCCUCGCUACAUAAGAAAACAUUCAGUUGCAACAAGGUGUUCAGUUCCUUCCUCAUUGCUGGAAAAUAACAAUGGAGCUAAAGUGGAAUAUACUCCUUGGCUCAUUGUUGGCUUGGGUAACCCUGGAAAUAAAUACCAUGGCACAAGGCACAAUGUUGGAUUUGAAAUGAUUGACAGAAUUUCUCAGGCAGAAGGGGUUUUGAUGAACACAAUUCAAUCAAAAGCCUUGAUUGGAAUAGGUUCAAUUGGAGAAGUACCAAUUUUGUUGGCAAAGCCUCAAGCAUACAUGAAUUUUAGUGGGGAAUCGGUUAAUUUGUUUUGUUCCCCUGACGUAAUCUUCAUUGUCCUGUACUUAAAGGUCGGACCACUUGCUGCAUAUUAUAAAGUACCCUUGCGCCAUAUUUUACUAGUUUAUGACGAGAUGAGCCUUCCAAAUGGUAUUUUAAGGCUUCAACCUAAAGCAGGACAUGGCCAUCACAAUGGAGUUAAGAAUGUAAUGGACCAUUUGGAGGGCUCUCGUGCAUUCCCUCGUCUUUGCAUCGGAAUUGGAAAUCCCCCUGGGACUAUGGAUAUGAAAGCUUAUCUUCUACAGAAGUUUAGUUCAGUUGAGCGUAAACAGAUUGAUGAUGCAUUGGACCAAGGAGUUGAAGCCGUAAGAACCUUAGUUUUCAACGGCUUUAAUCAGCAUGUCAAUAGAUUCAAUCUGAGGCAGAAGUAUAAGUACCAUAAAGUCUAAAUUUUUCUCAAAUAUUUAGUUGAAAUCACUUAUCAAAUGCAUAAUCCAUCAUUUUCGUUGCAUCCUUCUUGUAUAACCUGAUAGUUUUAUCAUUCAGAAUCAAUGUUCUGGCAGCA